GAGACACUGAGAGAGAGAGAGACACUGGGAGAGAGAGUGAGACACUGCGGGGUAGGGGCUGCGUCUCGCGCUGUCUCUGACCGCCCGCGUCUCUCCGCACGCAGGCGCCCUCCUGCUGCUGCUGCUGUGGGUGACACUCGGCGCGUUGCAGCGGGGACGACAGGGAGCGAGCGGCAGCCAUGGUGAUCCUCAGACAGGGAGACUACGUGUGGCUGGACCUGAAGACGGGCAGCGAGUUCGACGUUCCCAUCGGCGCCGUCGUCAAACUCUCCGACUCCGGGCAGGUGCAGGUGGACGAUGACGAAGGCAACGAGCACUGGAUCUCCCCGCAGAACGCGCGCCUGGUGCGCCCCAUGCACCCCACUUCGGUGCACGGCGUGGAGGACAUGAUCCGCCUGGGAGAUCUCAACGAGGCCGGCAUCCUGCGCAACCUCCUCAUCCGCUACCGCGACCACCUCAUCUACACCAACUGUGGUGGGAGGACCUACACGGGCUCCAUCCUGGUGGCGGUGAACCCGUACCAGCUGCUCCCCAUCUACACGGCAGAGCAGAUCCGCCUCUACACCAACCGCAAGAUCGGCGAGAUGGCGCCGCACAUCUUCGCCAUCGCCGACAACUGCUACUUCAGCAUGCGGCGUAACAACCGCGACCAGUGCUGCAUCAUCAGCGGGGAGUCCGGCGCGGGGAAGACGGAGAGCACGAAGCUCAUCCUGCAGUUCCUGGCGGCGGUGAGCGGGCAGCAUUCGUGGAUCGAGCAGCAGGUCCUGGAGGCGAACCCCAUCCUGGAAGCGUUCGGCAACGCCAAGACGAUCCGGAAUGACAACUCGAGCCGUUUCGGCAAGUACAUCGACAUCCACUUCAACCGGCGCGGAGCCAUCGAAGGUGCCAAGAUCGAGCAGUACCUGCUGGAGAAGACGCGCGUGUGUCGCCAGGCGGCGGACGAGAGGAACUACCACGUCUUCUACUGCAUGCUGCGCGGCAUGGCGGGGGACGGCAAGCGGCAGCUGCACCUGGGCUCCGCCGAGCAGUACAGCUACCUCACCAUGGGGAGCUGUAUUCAGUGCGAGGGGCGUGACGACGCCGCUGAGUUUGCCAACAUCUGCUCGGCCAUGAAGGUCCUCAUGUUCACCGACACCGAGAUCUGGGAGGUGUCCAAGCUGCUCGCAGCCGUGCUGCACAUGGGAAACCUGCUGUUCGAGGCGCGCACCUAUGACAACCUGGACUCGUGUGAGGUUCUCUCCUCCCCGCACCUCCGCGUCGCUUCCACCCUGCUCGAGGUGGACGAGGUGGACCUGCGUAACUGCCUGACGAGCCGCAGCAUCAUCACACGUGGGGAGAGCGUCACAACGCCGCUCAACAUGGAGCAGGCGCUGGAUGUGCGCGACGCCUUCGUCAAGGGAAUCUACGGGCGGAUGUUCGUGUGGAUCGUGGAGAAGAUCAACGCAGCGAUCUACAGGCCGCCCCAGCCGGACCCCAAGGCCUCGCGACGCUCCAUCGGACUGCUCGACAUAUUCGGCUUCGAGAACUUCCACGUGAACAGCUUCGAGCAGCUGUGCAUCAACUUUGCGAACGAGAACCUGCAGCAGUUCUUUGUGCGCCACGUGUUCAAGCUGGAGCAGGAGGAGUACGAGCUGGAGGACAUCAGCUGGCGCCACAUCGAGUUCUCCGACAACCAGGACGCGCUCGACAUGAUCGCCCUCAAGCCGAUGAACAUCAUCUCGCUCAUCGACGAGGAGAGCAAGUUCCCCAAGGGCACGGACACCACGAUGCUGCACAAGCUGAAUGCGCAGCACAAGCUCAACGCCAACUACAUCCCUCCACGCAACGCCCACGACUCCCAGUUCGGCCUCAACCACUUCGCCGGCGUCGUCUUCUACGAGGCGCACGGCUUCCUGGAGAAGAACCGUGACACGCUGCACGGAGACAUCAUUCAGCUGGUGCACUCCUCCCGUAACAAGUUCAUCAAGCAGAUCUUCCAGCCCGACGUCGCCAUGUUUCUGUGCGGCUACACGGGCACAAUGUCCGGCUCUUACACGCGCCCCCCCAAGGGCGCCGAGACACGCAAGCGCUCGCCCACGCUGAGCACGCAGUUCAAGCGCUCGCUGGAGCAGCUGAUGAAGACGUUGAGCGGCUGCCAGCCGUUCUUCGUGCGCUGCAUCAAGCCCAACGAGUUCAAGAAGCCGAUGCUCUUCGACCGGGAGCUGUGCGUGCGCCAGCUGCGCUACUCGGGGAUGAUGGAGACGAUCCGGAUCCGCCGUGCGGGCUACCCCAUCCGCUACACCUUCGUCGAGUUUGUGGAGCGUUACCGCGUGCUACUGCCCGGCAUCAAGCCCGCCUACAAGCAGGAGGAUCUGCGAGGCACCUGCCAGAGGAUAGCGGGGGCCGUGCUGGCGCGGGAGGACGACUGGCAGAUCGGCAAAACCAAGAUCUUCCUCAAGGACCACCAUGACAUGCUGCUGGAGAUCGAGCGAGACAAAGCCAUCACCGACCGCGUCAUCCUCAUCCAGAAGGUGGUGCGCGGAUUCAAGGAGAGAACGUCGUACCUGAAGAUGCGCCGUGCGAGCAUCGUGAUCCAGACGGCAUGGCGUGGAUACCAGUGUCGCAGGAGCUACGUGGCGCUGGUGCAGGGCUUGGGGCGCCUGCAGGCGCUGUUCCACGCCCGGCGGCUGGCGCGGCGCUACGGCGCGGCGCGGGCGCGAGUCACGGCGCUGCAGGCGCGCUGCCGCGGCUUCCUGGUGCGCCGAGCGUUCCGCCACCGCCUGUGGGCCGUCAUCACGCUGCAGGCCCACACGCGGCGCUUGGUCGCGCGGCGCCUCUACCUGCGCCUCCGCGCCGAGUACAAGCGACGCGUGGAGGCAGAGACUCAGCGGCUGGCCGAGGAGGAGCGACUGAGGAAGGAGAUGAGUGUGAAGCGCGCUAAGCAGGAGGCCGAGCGCAAGCACCAGGAGCGACUGGAGCAGCUGGCGCGUGAGGAGGCGGAGCGAGCGGUGCGCGAGCGUGAGGAGCUGCGCCAGAAGAAGGAGCGAGUCUUCCAGAACGAGCGCUCGCGCAACGAGCCCGUCAGCGACUCCGACAUGGUGGACCGCGUCUUCGGCUUCCUGGGCGCCACGUCCACCGCGCCUGGCACCGACGGACAGCCGCCCUGCGGAUUCGAGGACCUUGAGGGUGGGCGCCACCACGGGCUGGAGGAGGCGGACCUGGACGCGGCGCCGCCCCUGCCGGAGGACGACGGUGACGGCGACGCGGAGGAUCUGGCGCUCCACACCUUCGCCAAGUUCGCCGCCACCUACUUCCAGGGCACCAGCUCCCACGCCUACGUGCGGCGACCCCUCAGGCAGCCGCUGCUCUUCCACGAGGACGAGGGAGACCAGCUGGCGUCGCUGGCCGUGUGGGUGACGAUCCUGCGCUUCAUGGGAGACCUCCCCGAGCCUCGCUACCACACGGCGCUGUCGGACGGCAGCGAGAACGUCCCGGUGAUGACCAAGAUCUACGAGACUCUCGGCAAACGCAGCCAGCGCAGGGACGGCCCCAGCGUGCAGGGCGAGGAGGCUGCCCCUGUGGAGGCGCAUGCCAAGAAGGCGAGCGUGCGUCACAAACUCAUCUCCAUGACGCUCAAGAAGAAGUCGAAGCUCACGGAGGAGGUGACCAAGAGGCUGAGCGACGUGGAGGGCCUCGUGCACGGGAACUCGAUGCUGGAGGACCGCCCCACCUCCAACCUCGAGAAGCUUCACUUCAUCAUCGGCAACGGCAUCCUUCGCCCGGGCAUCCGGGACGAGAUCUACUGCCAGAUCUGCAAGCAGCUGAACCAGAACCCCUCGCGCAGCAGCCACGCCCGCGGCUGGAUCCUCAUGUCGCUGUGCGUCGGCUGCUUCUCCCCCUCGCACAAGUUCGUCAAGUAUCUGCGUAACUUCAUUGGCGAGGGCCCCCCAGGCUACGCUCCGUACUGUGAGGAGCGCCUGCGUCGCACCUUCGCCAACGGGCACCGCACGCAGCCGCCCAGCUGGCUGGAGCUGCAGGCGACCAAGUCCAAGAAGGCCAUCCUGCUGCCCGUCACGUUCAUGGACGGCACGACGCGCACGCUGCUGGCUGACUCGGCCACCACGGCACGGGAGCUGUGCGGGGCGCUCGCGGACCGCGUGCAGCUCACAGACCGCUUCGGAUUCUCACUCUACAUCGCUCUCUUUGACAAGGUGUCCUCGCUGGGCAGCGGCAGCGACCACGUGAUGGACGCCAUCUCGCAGUGCGAGCAGUACGCCAAGGAGCAGGGUGCACAGGAGCGCAAUGCUCCCUGGCGCCUCUUCUUCCGCAAGGAGAUCUUCGCCCCCUGGCACGACCCGGCCGCUGACCCCGUCAGCACCAACCUCAUCUACCAGCAGGUCGUGCGCGGGGUCAAGUUCGGAGAGUACCGCUGUGACAAGGAGGAGGACCUGGCGGAGCUGGCGGCCCAGCAGUACUACGUGGAGUACGGCUCCGAGGUGCUGCCUGAGCGCCUGCUCUCCCUCGUGCCCUCCUACGUCCCCGACCGCGACGUCACCGCACAGCGGCCGCCCGACAAGUGGGCGCAGAUCAUCGCUGCCGCACACAAGAAGGCCGUGUACACGCAGCAGCGUGUGGACCCCCGCAAGGUGCGUGAGGACGUCGUCAACUUUGCUCGCUUCAAGUGGCCGCUACUCUUCUCUCGCUUCUACGAGGCCUACAAGUUCUCUGGCCCGAGCCUGCCCAAGAACGAGGUGAUCGUGGCGGUGAACUGGACGGGCGUCUACUUUGUGGACGAGCAGGAGCAGGUGCUGCUGGAGCUGUCCUUCCCCGACAUCACCGCCGUGUCCAGCAGCCGCGGGGCGAAGCAGCACGGGCAGAGCUUCACACUGACGACGCUCAAGGGCGACGAGUUCACCUUCACGUCGAGCAACGCCGACGACGUCCGUGACCUCGUCGUGCUCUUCCUGGAGGGGCUGCGCUCACGCUCCACCUACGUCGUGGCGCUGCAGGACAGCCCCGCGCCCGCGGGCGAGGAGGGAACCUUCCUGACGUUCCGCAAGGGCGACCUCCUGGUGCUGGACCAGGACACGGGCGCCACGGUGCUCACCACGGGCUGGGCGCACGCUGCCAACGAGCGCACGGGGCAGCGCGGGGACUUCCCCACGGACUGCGUCUACGUGCUGCCCACACUCACGCGCCCACUGCCCGAGAUACAGGCACUGGUUACCAUGACGCCUGACCAGCGGCAGGAAGUGAUGCGCACUUCCCAGCAGGCCGUGCAGGGCUCGGAGGAGUCGGUGGCGCUCUACACGCUAGAGGAGUUUGCGCUCGAUUACUUCCGGGCGCCCCCGAAGCACACGCUCAGCCGCGUGAUGAUGGCACGCUCGCGGGGCCGGGAGCGGCUGUGGGCCUGCACCCGGGAGCCCCUCAAGCAGCCGCUGCUGCGCAAGGCGGCCACCUCCGAGGAGAUGAGCCAAGAGGCCUGCAUGGCCUUCAUGGCGGUGCUCAAGUACAUGGGGGACUACCCGUCGCGGCGCGCACGCUGGGGUAACGAGCUCACGGACCAGGUGUUCGAGGCGGCGCUGCACACCGAGGCCCUCAAGGACGAGAUCAUCUGCCAGAUUAUCAAGCAGCUCACCGACAACCAUGUCAAGUACAGCGAGGAGCGUGGCUGGGAGCUGCUGUGGCUGGCCCUGGGCUCCUUCCCACCCAGCAACCUGCUGCUGCCUCACGUGCAGCGCUUCCUGCAGGCGCGGCGCCACCACCCCGUUGCUCUCGACUGCACGCACCGCCUGCACAAGACGCUGCGUAACGGCUCGCGGAAGUCCCCACCGCACGUGGUGGAGGUGGAGGCGAUCCAGCACAAGACCACGCAGAUCUUCCACAAGGUCUACUUCCCUGACGACACGGACGAGGCAUUUGAAGUAGAGUCGUGUACGCGUGCCAAGGACUUCUGUGGGAGCAUCGCAGCACGGCUGCACCUCAAGAGCGCCGAGGGAUUCAGCCUCUUCGUCAAGAUCGCAGACAAGGUGAUCAGCGUGCCGGAGGGAGAUUUCUUCUUCGACUUCGUCAGACACCUAACGGACUGGAUCCGCAAGACACGGCCCAGCAAGGAGGGCGUGACGCCCUCCCUCUCCUAUCAGAUUUUCUUCAUGAGGAAGCUCUGGACCAAUGCCGUCCCUGGCAAAGACCACAUGGCUGACUCCAUCUUUCACUUCCACCAGGAGCUGCCCAAGUACCUGCGUGGGUACCACAAGUGCUCGCGCGAGGAGGCGGCCCAGCUGGCGGCGUUGGUGUUCCGCGCGCGUUUCCACGACGACAAGACGCAGUACGCCAACCUGGUGAAGAUGCUGCGCGAGCUGCUGCCCAGCGACCUCGUCAAGCAGCUGGCGCCCGACGAGUGGAAGCGAGCCAUCAUCGCAGCCUACAACAAGCACUCGGGCAAGUCGCGGGACGAGGCCAAACUCGCUUUCCUCAAGAUCACCUACAAGUGGCCCACAUUCGGGUCGGCCUUCUUCGAGGUGAAGCAAACGACGGAGCCCAACUACCCGGAGGUGCUGCUCAUCGCCAUCAACCGCAACGGGGUCGGCCUCAUCCACCCUUCCAGCAAGGACAUCCUGGCCACCCACCCCUUCACCAAGAUCUCCAACUGGAGUAGUGGCAACACAUACUUCCACAUGACCAUCGGAAACCUGGUUCGAGGCAGCAAACUGCUGUGCGAGACUUCGCUGGGCUAUAAGAUGGACGACCUCCUGACCUCCUACAUCAGCCAGCUGAUGUCCGUGAUGAGCCGCCAGAGGACGGGAGGACACGCGUCUGGCUCGGCCGGCAAGUGAUUGAGGGAGUGGGGGGCGCUGCUGCAGGUUGUGCGCUGGGUUGGCUACCGCUGUGCCUGGCAGGCGCACUACCGCGCUGCCGCCUGGGCAGGGCUCCCGCACGCGUCCAGCGGGCAGGCGGGCAGAGAUGCGGGGACAGGCAGUGACACGGGGACAGGCAGAGACACGGGGACAGGCAGAGAUGCGGGGACAGGCAGAGACGCGGGGACAGGCAGAGACGCGGGGACAAGCAGAGACGCGGGGACAGGCAGAGACGCGGGGACAGGCAGAGACACGGGGACAGGCAGAGACACGGGGACAGGCAGAGACACGGGGGGCAGAGACACGGGG